AUGAUUGUGCUCUACAUUGCCGCCGCGUUCGUCGUUUCGCUCGUCGGACCACCGACAGCCGACGCGUUUCUCGCUUCGGCGUUCUCAUCCGUCUCGCAGGCCGGCAAAACGUCGAACUGUCACGAUUGGAGCGAAUACGGUCCGUGUUUCAGCACAUCGGAUCGCUCAUUUUGGCAUCGAUUACCCCAACAAUGCUACCAGAAUAGGUAUAUGUCGCUAAUCACGGGAAUCGGCAACCCGAUCGUCCAAAAGGUGAUGGACUAUGCCGAGCUCUUCAAUAAAUCCGCAGAAGCUUGCGGAAUGUGCAACGUUCAGGUCGCGUGCUCGCCAAGGUGCGACUAUGUCGAAGGCGGCAAUUCGUUCGGCGUUGUUGAUCGCAUCUGCGAUCUUCCAACCGAGAAGAAGGCGUGCGCGAUGACACCGCAAGCCUACGACGAGAACACGGGAUUGUGUCGGGUGUGGCCGCCGAGGCAUACAAGCGCCGUCGAUUUCCUCGGAGCCCUCGUGCCGCCGACAAUUCGCGAUCAAGUUUGGGCAUUGAAGCCAUUGAAUUGCAUUAGCAUCAACGGAAAAUGCUAUUGCUGUUGCUCACCGUACACACCAAAUCCUUGCGAUGCUCAGUGCACACUUCGUCCGUGCAGUCGGCGGCAAUCAUUCUCGACAACUCAAAUCAAGAUUCUUCGUCGCAAAUGGCUGGCCAAAUUGGAGGAGCGUCGCGAUGGAAGCGAGUGA